AUGGCCAGUUCGAGUUUGAUCCUAAAGAAGCAAUUGACCUUUGAAUGGGUGAUCGGCUUCUUCGGUCUCCGAGCCGGUCGCACCUCAGAGUGGAAGGAAUGUGGCGCCUUGGGCCCGAUUGGGGCUUAUCGCAUCCCCAGGUCCCCAAGGGCCGAGGAGCAAGCGAUCAAAUUCGUCAGCCGAGGGUUGGACGAGGCCUCGUCCAUGUCCCAUCGAAUCUCUCCCCACAUUCUGCCCGAACCUCCACACUUUGUGUCGUCGAUGCUUAUCUCUGCUCGCGCCACCCCCAAGAUUGCUGGAUACACGUCUCACGUUGCUCCUGGGGAACUGGUGUGGGACUGA